GGGGCGCGGCGCGGCAGAGGUGAGUCCGUAGCUGAACUGCGCGACCGCUCGAGCGCUCGGCAUGGCUCGCCUGGUGCUGGGUCUGAUGAGCUGUACCCUCUUUAUAGCAGUUAAUGGUCUAUAUUCGUCUAGUGAUGAUGUAAUUGAAUUAACUCCAUCAAAUUUCAACCGAGAAGUUAUUCAAAGUGAUAGUUUGUGGCUUGUGGAAUUCUUUGCUCCAUGGUGUGGCCACUGCCAGAGGUUAACACCGGAGUGGAAGAAAGUAGCAACUGCAUUAAAAGAUGUUGUAAAAGUUGGUGCAGUUGAUGCAGAUAAACAUCAGUCCCUGGGAGGUCAAUACGGUGUCCAGGGAUUUCCUACCAUUAAGAUUUUUGGAUCUAACAAAAACAGACCAGAAGAUUAUCAGGGUGGCAGAACGAGUGAAGCCAUCGUGGAUGCCGCGCUCAGUGCUCUGCGCCAGCUCGUGAAGGAUCGCCUCGGGGGCAGGGGAGGUGGCUAUAGUUCUGGAAAACAAGGCAGAAGUGAAAGUUCAAGUAAGAAGGACGUAAUCGAGCUGACGGAUGACAGCUUUGAUAAGAAUGUUCUUGACAGUGAAGAUGUUUGGAUGGUUGAGUUUUAUGCUCCUUGGUGCGGACACUGCAAAAAUUUAGAGCCAGAAUGGGCUGCGGCAGCUACAGAGGUAAAAGAGCAAACCAAAGGCAAAGUGAAACUCGCAGCCGUGGACGCCACUGUAAACCAGGUUCUAGCCAGCCGGUACGGGAUUAGAGGAUUUCCUACAAUCAAGAUAUUUCAGAAAGGCGAGUCUCCUGUGGAUUAUGAUGGGGGGCGGACGAGAUCCGACAUCGUCUCCCGGGCCCUUGAUCUGUUCUCUGAUAACGCGCCCCCUCCGGAGCUGCUUGAGAUCAUCAAUGAGGACGUGGCCAAGAAGACAUGUGAGGAGCAUCAGCUCUGUGUCGUAGCCGUCCUGCCCCACAUCCUCGAUACCGGAGCUGCAGGCAGAAAUUCUUACUUGGAAGUUCUUCUGAAGUUGGCAGACAAGUACAAAAAGAAAAUGUGGGGGUGGCUGUGGACAGAAGCCGGAGCCCAGUCGGAGCUGGAGAGUGCGCUGGGGAUCGGAGGGUUCGGCUACCCCGCCAUGGCCGCUGUUAACGCGCGCAAGAUGAAGUUUGCUCUUCUCAAAGGCUCUUUCAGUGAGCAAGGCAUUAAUGAGUUUCUCAGGGAGCUGUCUUUCGGGCGUGGGUCCACAGCACCUGUGGGAGGCGGGGCUUUCCCUGCCAUCAGCACCAGGGAGCCCUGGGACGGCAAGGACGGCGAGCUUCCCGUGGAAGACGACAUUGAUCUGAGUGAUGUGGAGCUGGACGACUUGGAGAAAGAUGAGUUGUGAGAGGUUCAACACAGACCUCAGUUUCCUUUUCUUGGGAGCGGAUUUUCCAGCAGUGCAGGAACAUGCUUUACAAUCAGAUGAAUCUACCAGUGGCCUUUUUAACCAAGAAGUAGCACUUGAUUGGUCAUUUGAAAACACUGCAAUGGUGAACUUUUGCAUCUCAAGAAAACAGUGAAAAAUUCUAUGAAUUGUAGCCAGCGAAUUGGGUUGUAUUUUGUUAGGUAGUGUUUUGAAGAAAGCUGAUGGGCUCUUGAAAUGGUUUUCCCUCCCUCUGACCGCUGCUUGAAUGUUCUUGGAGGCUGUUUCUUACACAUGAGUUUUUUAAUGUGAUCCUUUCAUUUGAAUAUUAAUGGCUUUUUUCCAUUAAAGAAUAAAACAAUAUUUUGGACAAUGCCAAUAAAUGUAUGAAAUUAGUGUCCACAUCAUAAAUUCAGAUUCUGGUAUUUAGCCAUAAAGUAAUACUAUGAAAGGGUGACCUCUCCUUGUAAACUGGUUCACAAGACACCAUCGGAUGUCUGUGUCCCCACACAUAGUUUACAUGUGUCCUGCAAGGCUGAGUCCCACCUGAGAGUGUGAACUGUAAAUCGAGUUUACACAGAAGGAUGAAAACAAUGGAUUGUCAAGUGAGAACUGCAGUCCAUGCCCAGUAUUCUGUCUCCAGGCCGUCCCCAGUGACUGCCGGGGAGGACAGCUGGUUAUGCACUUAGUCUGAGGUUUCCAGUGUUGUUACUAAACCCUCACAAAGCAUUCAGAUGUGUCUUUCACUAAGACGUGAAAUACCACAGCAGGUUACCAAUUUAUGAGAGGUCCCCAUUUGUGUAAAACAUUCAGAAAAUUGAAGUUUUGAAUUAUGUUAGAAUAUGAGUGAACAGACAGUUCAGAGGACUGAGAACAUUUCUUUUAUUGUAACUUAAAAAAAAUAAAUACAACUGUAACUAA